GUAGAUGGCUUUGUCCCUGUCUCCUCUCUCCUCUCCCUUCCUCAGUUCCGUUCCUUUUCUCUCAAUGACAUUGAACGUGUAGUUAGAUCCAAUGACAAGCAAAGAUUCAUGCUAAGAAGCUCAGAGCCAGAAGGGAAGCUGGAAAUUCGAGCAAAUCAAGGACACUCCUUACAGGUACUGGAGGUGGAUCUCAGCCCACUGGGAACAGAGCUUCCUCCACAAGCAAUACAUGGGACUUUUCUCCAUCACUGGCCAUCAAUUCUUCACAGCGGACUCUCUCGUAUGAGCCGGACACACAUUCACCUGACCAUUGAGCUCCCAGGAGAAGGUGACAAAGUCAUCAGUGGAAUGCGUAGGGACUGUGAAGUAGCAAUAUUUAUAGACCUUCCAAAGGCAAUAGCGGAUCAGAUCCCGUUCUUCUGGUCUGCAAACCACGUCCUGCUAACACCUGGUAAUGUAGAUGGUGUGCUUCUCCCUAAAUAUUUCCUAAAGGUUCUCCAGCUUAGACCUCAAAGUAAGUAUCUUGGAAGUUUCUGUAAAGGAAACCUGGGCUAA